AUGAAGCCCCUCGUUAUUCUCUGGUUUCUCACUCUGGCCGUCUGGGCAGUGCCCCACACUGCACUAAGGGGACAACAGGACCCCGAAUCCAUCACAUUUAACGUCAGCUCCGUCAGCCAAUACGACUACGGGGCCAACCCCAUUGAAGGAUGCUGGGAUGCUCUCAAUUGCACUCUAAUGCAGAUCGAAGCAAUGUCCAUCUCCAGCCGUCUCGAGUACCUCAAGUAUAUGAGCACCUGGCGUUUGGAUGCAUUGCAGUCCACGAACCAGUUCCACGCUCUCGAGGGGGUGAUGAGCUUCUUUAUGCGGAAGGAUAUUGCUGGCACGGGCACAUGGCUUUCUAUUGUUCAUGCUGCUACGAUUGAAGGGUUGCAGAGGGGCGCGGCUAUGUCGCUGGGUCUAUCUGAUAAUACUGGAGGGAAUCCGGCUAGUGUGAAAUGGGCUGAUUAUUUCCAUCUGCGGAUGUCGGGGAGGCUUACAGAACGUGUCACCCACGACAUUGCUUGGGCCACUGCGGAACAAACUGCAGUUGAUUAUGGUAUCCGUCGUGCCGACUCGGCUAUCAAUGUCGAAAAGCCCUCCAGUCGCAUCCUGCGCUGGAUACAGUUCACUCGUAUCUAUAGAACAUCCAUGCAGUACCGCCGUACUAUCCUGUGGCUUGUGAGGAUGGCAUUCACAUUCACCAGCCCUUCUGUGCCUAUGGCAACUGAAGCCUUUCUAGACUGGCUCACUGAUGUGACAGACGCCUCGUCAACUGGCUUCCUGGCCGAUGUUGCAUGGACCAUCUCCGCUCUGGGGCUAUCUCAAAACGGAGAGGAUCCUAUUGCGGACUCUGAGGCACUCAUGAAAAUUGCGACGGAGUUCUGGGAGGUUUUCCAACUGAGGAAUAAUGGCGGUGAGAGGAACGUAGGGAAGGCAUCCGACGACCGACAUUCUUUUGCUCCCCUUGUGUUGUAA